AUUAUACCGAACUGGGAGAAUUGGCCCCUAGAUCACCGUUACAGCCAGUUUGCGAAGACGGACCAUUCGGAGCAACCAAAGAAGACAGAAAAAAGACACCCAAGGAGUUGAGGGAGCUUUGGAAAAAAGCUAUUCUCCAGCACAUCCUUCUUCUUAGGAUGGAAAAGGAAAAUCAGAAACUGCAAGCUUCUGAAAAUGAUCUGCUCAAUAAGCGCCUGAAGCUUGAUUAUGAAGAAAUGACUUCGUGUCUCAAAGAAGUCAUGUCUGUCUGGGAUAAAAUGCUGACCAUGCCAGGAAGGUCAAAGAUCAAGUUGGACAUGGAGAAAAUACAUUCUGCUGUGGAGAAAGGAGUUCCUCGGCAACAACGGGGAGAGAUUUGGAAGUUUUUAGUAGAGCUGCACCAACUCAAGCACCCAUUUCCAAAUAAGCAACAGCCAAAGGACACGCCGUACAAAGAACUCUUAAAACAGCUGACUUCCCAGCAGCAUGCAAUUCUGAUUGAUUUAGGUCGCACUUUCCCGACCCAUCCCUACUUCUCAUCCCAGCUUGGAGCUGGUCAGCUGUCCCUCUAUAAUAUCCUGAAGGCCUACUCCCUCCUGGAUCCGGAAGUGGGCUAUUGUCAAGGCCUCAGUUUUGUGGCCGGAGUGUUGUUACUACACAUGAGCGAGGAGGAAGCCUUUAAGAUGCUGAAGUUCCUGAUGUUUGAAUUGGGCCUUCGGAAGCAAUACCGACCGGACAUGACGAUUCUUCAGAUCCAGAUGUAUCAGCUCUCUCGACUCCUCCACGAUUACCACAAAGAUCUUUACGAUCACUUUGAAGCCAACGAGAUCAGCCCCAGCCUCUACGCAGCCCCGUGGUUUCUGACCCUGUUUGCUUCUCAGUUUCCCCUGGGUUUUGUCGCUAGGGUGUUCGGUAAGUCAUCCUAAUAAGGGUGUCUGGACCAUGAAUGACUUUGGCCACCUUGUGAGAAGAGGGUAGGUUCUAGACAGUGGUGAUAUUCUUCCGGUUCAGCCAAAUCGGUAGUAAAUAAUCUACCAGUUUGGCCGAACCAGUAUUUCUGGCAAUCAGCUGGGCAACAAUCAUCUGUGCCGUGCAAUUUAGAUUAGCU